AUGGCCGAGCGAAGACUCAUGAAGGAGCUCAGCGAGCUAUCAGAGCUGGAUUGGGUUCAUGUUGAGAUGUGGAUGGAGAAUAUCUUCGUUUGGGAUAUUUUUUUGCCGGUGCUCAACAAAGAUUCGAUAUAUUAUGGCGCCUACAUUCAAGCCCGUAUGAAUUUCCCUCCGGACUAUCCCUACUCGCCACCUGUCUUCCGGAUCAAGCACCCUCUCCUGCACCCGAACAUUGCAAACGAUGGCAGUGUGUGCAUCUCCAUCUUGCACCCCCCCGGUGAUGACGAGAUGUCAGGAGAGACUGCCUCUGAGCGUUGGUCAGCAGCCCAGAGUGUCGAGUCUAUCCUUGUCUCGAUCCUGUCCCUACUCGACGACGCUGAGAUCUCCUCCCCGGCCAAUGUCGAUGCGGCCAAGCUCUACCGGGAUGAUCAGUCAGCGUUCCAGGAGAUCGUCCGCCAGCAGGUGCAGUUCAGCAUCAAGAACCGCCCUGCUGGCUUCGAAGCACCCACAGAGAACCAAGCGGGUGACGAUGAGUUCUGGAUUCCCUCGCCUGAAGGCAGUGUCGACUUCAGUGAGGGAAGCCCAGAGUCCGGACAGGAGAGUGACGUGGCAGAGGACGCGGAGGAAGAGUAG